CAGUAGAAUACCAUUACCAUCCAUUACCAUACAAUACCGUACCGUGCCAGCCAUGCUGCAUGCAUGCAUGCGCACAUCCAUCCAUCCAACAGACAGGCCGUUUCAUACACACAAGGUACAUGGACAUCGACCCGACAGACCUACCAACGGGAACCAUUUCUCAAUUCCCUUGUUAUUUCCAUUUCCGCCUUUGUUCUUCUGCUUCUUCUAUCAAAUUUCCCCCACACUACGAGGUACAUUUCCGCUUCCGCUUCCGCUUCCUUCUGCCGACGAUGAUGCGUCUGUCUGAUAUGCGAUUUCUCGUCCUCCAACAUCCCCAACCUCCAGCCUCCUCCCCCUUUCAGCAGGCAUGUCUCCUUUCACGUUUUCUUUCACAUCCUCGUGCUCGUUAUCCUUUCCUUUCAAAACACACUCGCCCACCCACACAUACGCUCGUCCCCCCUCUCGCAGCCCAACGCCGCUCGAUAAAAGACACAAUCUCCAACGUACCUCCCCCAACCAGCCUAGCCUAGCCUCCCUCGCGCUCGCGGGGAACUCCCAAACCCUUCCCGCGCACGUCCACCACCACGCAACGCACGUCCACGCCGCCCACGCGACGAAAGACGAAACGCAUCCCACCUUCCACCUUCCCC